AUGAGCUCGCCGCAGAAGAAGACCGCCGCCGCAACAGAGGGUAACCUCUCUGUUGCUCAGUACCAUGAGCGCCAGCAGGCAAAGCGCGACGCGCUCGCUGCAAAGGCCGCGUCGGGGACAACUCAGUCGGAGAUUGUCCUCGAAGGUUCCUCUGUAGUCAACGACGCCGUUGACUACGAAGACGACGACGUGGAGAUGGUAGAGAGUGAGGCCUCUUCUAGCAAGCGCAAGGAGUCUAUCGACAGCGAUAGUCUCGACCCGCAUGCCGGGUCGAGACGCCUUCGUGAAGGAGACGACUCGGACGCUUCGAGCUCGAAGCGUUCGCGCGGCGAGAGCGACACUCCGCUCUCUGCUGCUGGGGCUUUAAGCUCCCCGCGUGAGGUGGCCCCUUCAAGCUCUCCGCGCGCUGCUCAGUCAGCGCGCGAUCCGUGGAUGCCGUCUGCGUCAGAGAUCGCAGACCGUGUGGGCAACACCGUGCCUCCAAAUGAGCAGCACUUUGAUCCGUUAACGAAUCAAAGGCGCGAUUACUAUAUCGAACUCUUUCACGCGCUCCGAUACUUCUCCAGCAAGAAGACCUCUUCUCGCAGCAAAGUGCCUGAGUGGCAGGCACUUUGUCAAAGUUGGAAUGCUUUUGUUGAGAACUUCAACAAGAAGCCGGUUGCUUACCGUGAGCGGGUUAAGCAUGCCCGUGAGCGCUUCGAGACAUUCUCGACGCGCGGGAGGCUGGAGCAGCUCCCCAGAUCCUCUGUGGACGCUGGUAUUCCAUGCGCUGUGCCUGAAGGCCAUCAGUGCACGUUGUGUCUUCCGGGUGCGGCGCGCUUCAGCGACCGCGACCUAAACGGGUACACGACGAUUCGUGUACCUGCGAGUCUCAAGGAUCUCCGUGCCAAGUUCUUGGCACGUGAGAAACGCGACGAUCGUGGGGCCUCGCGCGCUGUAGGUGACCACAGCGCUCGCACUACCUUCGCGUCGGCAAUGCGUGGUGAGCUUCGUACUCCCUCACCAUUUCCGGAACGUCCUGCAACAGGACGUCCCGUGGCUCCCAUGUAUCUGGUGGGGCGGAAACCCUCUCCAACGAAUACGAUAACGAACCGGCUGCCGGCGGCGGUGGUGGGAACACGCCCCGGGUAUUGUCAACCUGGGGUUGACCUUGGCCCGACGCUCGAGGAGCGGGUCGCUGCUGUGGAGCAGCUUCAGAGCCGUGAGUUUGCCGCUCUGAAGCAGGAGAUGGCGACCCUGAGAGCUCAAGUUGCUUAG